ACAAACAAGGGAUCUUCCUAUUGUGUACCGCUUGGAUAACGCUGUCAUUUCCACUUGACGGGUUUCUGGUCGGUUAGAGUGCACCGCAUGGCUAUGGAGAACCAUAUUCAGGGCGACCGGAGCGACUUGUUCGCCGGCUUCGGCGCGGCCUUCAAGUCGUUCGCCACCGACGCCAUCCACGUCGGCCAGGAGCCGGAACAGUGGACUUCCAGGGCUGUGGUGCCGCCGAUAUCGCUCUCGACCACGUUCAAACAGACCGAACCCGGAAAGCACUCCGGCUAUGAAUAUAGCCGCAGUGGAAACCCUACAAGAGACUGUCUUGAGAAGGCCGUGGCAGCGCUGGAUGGGGCAAAGCACUGCCUUGCUGUGGCUUCAGGGCUGGCUGCCACAGUGACCAUCACUCACAUGCUGAAGGCAGGAGAUGGAAUCAUCUGCAUGGAUGAUGUUUAUGGAGGUACAAACCGCUACUUCCAAAGAGUUGCUGCUGAAUUUGGGCUGCAAAUCUCCCUAGUUGAUUGUACCAAAUUAGAGCUACUCGAGGCGGCUCUGAAGCCCAACACUAAAAUGGUUUGGAUAGAGACGCCCACUAAUCCCACAAUGAAGGUUGUCGACAUUAGGGCCUGUUCUGACUUGGUGCACGAUCAUAACAAAGACAUCGUGGUCGUGGUGGACAACACCUUCAUGUCAGCCUACUUCCAGCGACCCUUGUCUUUUGGAGCAGAUAUUUGUAUGUACUCAGCCACCAAAUAUAUGAACGGUCACAGUGACGUAGUUAUGGGCCUGGUGUCAGUCAACCGAGAGGAUCUCUUUGACCGCUUGAAGUUUCUACAGAAUGCUCUAGGAGGUGUGCCAUCCCCUUUUGACUGCUUUCUUGUCAACCGUGGACUGAAGACAUUGCAUCUGCGCAUGGAGUGCCACUUUAAGAACGCCAUGGCCGCAGCCAAGUUUCUUGAGGCUGAUUCGAGAGUGGAGUGUGUCAUCUACCCAGGUCUGCCCUCACACCCGCAGUAUGAAGUGGUGAAAAGACAAUGCACAGGAUGUCCUGGAAUUAUCACCUUCUACAUUAAAGGGAAACUCCAACAUGCCAAUACCUUCCUCAAGAGUCUCAAAAUGUUUUCAGUGGCCGAGAGUCUUGGUGGUUAUGAAAGUUUAGCAGAACAGCCACCUGUUGAAGCAAAUGGCUCACACCAAUCUGUCAACAUCAUCUUCCAACGCAGGGCAAUUAUGACUCAUGCGUCGGUGCCCGAGAAGGAAAGGAACAUUUUGGGCAUUAGUGACACCCUGAUCCGGCUCUCUGUGGGAUUGGAGGACGAGGCUGACAUCAUUGAAGAUCUGGAUCAAGCACUUGCUGCUGCUGCUCAAUGUACUGUGCAGCUGGUGCAACACUAUAGAUCAACAGCCUUUACUACAUCACACCGAAGAGAAAGGACUGGGAGAUUUGACGGGAACCCAGUUAUAUACGAAAGACAUCAAAGUCUUUGCAAGGCCAGCAGAUGGCUCCUCCACAAGAGUCUUCGCAGAAUCCUCUUCUCAGAAUCCAGUGAAGAGUUAAGUGUCUGCAGGGCUUGUUCUUCAGGAUGAAGAACACUUGAACGAAGGUCCCUGUUACAUAUCAGCAUGCGAUACACAAACAUACAGAAAAAUCCUCUUAUUGUUCUUAAAUAAAAUACAAAUAGUACAUUUUAUCAUUUCUUUUUCAUUUUGACGCAGCUUUUACCGGAAUAAAUAUUAUUUAUCUUAUCUGACUAAUUGAUUUUUGUGUGUUUUGGAACUCUUCAAGCGCUAAAUGAUACAAAAUCUUACGCCAUCAAUUAAAAGUGUGAAUGCAAUAUUCAUCUGCAGACGUAUGUGUCAUUAGAUUACAUUUCAUUACAUACGUUUUCUUACUCGGCUCUGAAUGUAAUACUAACCGCGCUCGUGCUAUGAUGCCAACUCCAGUAAAAGUAGUGCAAAUCUCCGUAUUUCCUGUCAAGCACCUGAUUACAAAAUAUAACUUUUUAUAAAACAUGGUCAUACCAAAACAACUUUCUGUAUAUUAAUUCUGAAAUGCAUUUGUGUGUGUGCAAGAAUGACAUAUUUGUUUGACUUGAUAUGUCAUAUAAAAAAAGAAAUGAAUUAUAUGAACUUCUGCCAUUAAAUAAAAGAGUUGGCUAUUA